CUUAAGGCUUCAAGGAGAGUAGAUAGCCACCUCCCCUGUGGGUCACUGACUGAUUCGUCCCUUUUUAAAUUUUUUUUUAACCCUCUCUUCCUGCCUUGCGUCCGGUAAAGCAAACGGGAAGUUGGCGAGACUAAAUCCGCUGCUGUAAACCUGUUAUUAUAACUUGGCGGGCGUGGAACUAAAUAUGAUAUUCCUACGGACUUGUCUAUCAACGAGGGCAGUCGGGAGAAAACCCCCAACUAUCUUAGUGACCUCGACCCGACGUCCUUGGUUCUCGUGCCUCCUUGUCCACCUUCCAAAAGGGGGAGCUGUUCGCUUUCGGUAGAGAUGAACAGAAACCUGUGCAUGUUCUUCCGUUAAGGAAGAGGCUUCCUGCCAAAGCAUGGGAUACACAUAUGCAUGUCGUUGAGCCUCAUCGCUUUCCGGUUGAUGCAAGUGCAGUAUAUCAACCCUCGACACAUACUAUCGAGGAGGCUCUAGCGUUUGAGUCCUCACUAGGAAUCGAGAAUAUCGUCCUUGUUCAGCCAUCAAUAUACGGACAUGACAAUUCCUGUCUUCUGGAAGCGCUCAGGCGUAUCGGUCCCUCUCGCGGGCGAGGGGUGGUGGUGAUUGAUCCGAUGAACACAGAUAUCCAAACAUUAUCCAAAUGGCAUUCACUAGGCGUGCGUGGAGUACGUGUGAAUUUGAGAUCAGUAGGGAAAGUGAUGGACCAGGAUGAACUAGCACAAACGCUGUUACAACAUGCGGAGAUUGUCCGUCCGCUCGGCUGGGCUAUUCAAGUCUACGUCCCCCUCGAAAUGAUCCCACUGCUCGAGCCUAUUGUCCCACAGCUUGGUGUCAAACUCUGCAUCGACCACUUUGGUGGCCCAGACCUACUAUCGACGAACUGGAAAGAUGGAGUCUCGUUCGACCCCUAUUCACUGCCCGGGUUUUCAUCCCUAGUUUCCCUUCUCCGAGCGGGAGACACAUAUGUGAAAAUCUCUGCACCAUAUCGGCUCAGCAAGGACCAUGAAAUGCGAGACAUUGAGAUGAUGGCCCGAGAACUUCUCCGAGAAGCCCCAAACCGCGUACUUUUCGCGACGGAUUGGCCGCAUACACGAUUCUGGGGGACCGAUAUCGCCCCGUUCACAGAACUGUGUCUACGGAUAUGCGGGAACGAUUCCGUGUUGACCGAGCGGGUGUUUCGUCGGAAUGCCGAAGAGUUGUUGGACGCACAAACUAUGGACUGAUUGAGGGUACCUGGCUUGGAGGCAAA